AUGAAGAUAUACGUCUUAGACACUCUCCUAUAUGCUGUUUGCUACCUAGGUAUCUGCAUUACACAAUCUUGGCAAGGCUGCCCGCGACUGGCCCUCCUUCCAUCGCGUCAGCCUCGUCUCGUCUCGCCUUCCUUCUUCACCUCUCCGGGCAUCUCAACACUUUUCCAUAUCCUCAUCCUCCGACUGUACCUAGACAGCUCUACUGAUAUUAUGGCCUCUCCUCCGUCGGAAGAUCACAACCAUGACCGUCACGCCGACUUUUCUCCCCCGAAUGACCUCGGCACUGCAGGUUUGUUUACCUCAAUUGAUGCUAAUUCUACAGCCUCGUCGUCUCAAAGGCGCUAUCGAUUACCGCCUAAAGCCCUUAGCUUCCCGUCUUUGUUCCCCUCCCGGAACCUUCAAGACGGACACCACAGUUCUACAGAGUCUAUUCCAGAGACACCUUCCCCGUUUACGUGUCUCACAAAACCGCCCAGCAUCUUCCACGAACCUGACUUGACUGGAUUUCCACCAAUAUCCGCCAACACCAGCUUCGCUGAUCCCGGAGUCUCUCUAUCUACAGAACUACAAGUUCCUCCCUGGAAAUCAAGUGUUACUUCUUUUGAUAGCGUUUUCCCCACGAGUCCUCUCCAACAACCAUAUCAGAACUAUGCCGGUAGUACAUCUCCUCAAUUAUGGCAUGUAGGCCCCAAAGAAGACGACAUUAGUGCCGUUGAUGCCACCUUGGUUCUCCCGCCCUUAAAUCCUACACCUUCUGCAAGGAACAAUGACGUGGAGGACGAAUGCGGCAAGCAGAGUCGAUACUCACUCCCAGAAUGUCGCAGACUAUUAUCCAAAGGCUUGAAAGCGCAUAUGCUCAUUGAGCAUAGUAAGCGACCGGAGAGAUGCCCGAUUGCUACUUGCGAGUAUCACCUGAAAGGGUUCAAAUGCAAACAUGACAAGGACCGACACACUCUGACUCAUUUCAAGGGAACUAUGAUCUGCGGGUUUUGUCCUGGCUCUGGCUCAGCCGCUGAUAAGAGCUUCAAUAAGGUUGAUAUUUUCAAGCAUCACUUGUCGUCAGCACAUGGUGUGCAAGAGACCUUUUCAGGCACCCGGUCACCUUCCGCGUAUGGGCAGGAUACCACUGGCAAGUGCUCUAUUUGCUCUAGAACUUUCCGCAAUGCUCAAUACUUCUACGAACACUUGGAUGACUGUACCCUCCAUGUUAUACAACAAGAAUCUAGCCAGGCGUUUCACUCGAAGGAAAUAGCAGAAGGCACACUUGACGAGGCUGUAAAGCACUCCAUGGAAAAACGCAGGCCGUUAGAUUCAUCUAGCUUUAUGGGCGGCGGUGAUCAUAUUGAUGUCAAAGAUCACGAUGACGACGACGAUUUUGAUUUUGAUUUUGAUUUUUACAACCCCUUCGUUCAAUCUGGCCGCAGUUCUCUGAAGCCAACCAAAUCAGGUGCGAAAUGGCCUCCUAUAUCCGUGCUGGGCCCUACAGAACCGGAUGUUCAUCGUGCCGCUCGAGAGGACAUAAAUAGAGACCUUCAAUCUUUGGGCAUAUGGGCAGACAUGGAGAAGGCAGAGAAACACGUCCAUUGUACCUAUGACGACCAACUUCAUUCGUGGAAAGACCAAGUGGUGCUUGAUGGGAACAUGAAAGUCCACAUGCACCUCCGCGAUACCUGGAAUAACGGCACAAAUCGUGACGUUCAUGUGACUGACUCGGAUAUUAUUGAACACAAGAGAGACUCGUACGGGUCCUUGAAGCUUCAAGCUAGUUCAGGUGAAGCAGAAGCAGAAGCAGCUGAAAUGGAUUUGAAUGAUCGUAUGGAAUUUUGGGCUAGUAAAACCGAUGCUGCCAGUCGAGAGAUCAUUUCUGUAGAAGUACCAAGUAAAACGGACAAGUCCGACACUUCUGGAAGUGAUCUAGUUAUGGCCAAUGAAGAACUUGAAGAAAGAGAUGACCGGUUUAAUGGAGGAGAAAUGCAGCCACCAAUCCUCAAGACCUACCGCAACGUCGUUGUUAAUAACUCGGGAUAUCGAUCGCUUUUGGCAAAUGUGAAAAGGGAGCGUCUUUUAACAUCGCAGCAGCCGAACGCAAUGGAAACGAUAAAAGAAAGGAUUUUAGACAUCCUCUCUCAGUCAGCCAGUUCCAACAGGCAACGUCUAGCAGGAGAUCGCCAUAUGACCUUCAGAAUUGAGUGGGACCCUAAAGCUUUCAUUUUGAACCAAAAAUAUUCAGAAAAGCCAGAAGACGCCAUUGAGAGGGCAAUUGUGGUAACAGGAACCAUUACCGACGCACAGGCUCUAACUUGUCGACAGUAUCUUUGCCAGACGUGGCCGUCAAGUGGACUGGAAAUAUUACAAUUAGUCAAGGAUAUUGUGCGAUUUGAAGACGAAGACCUUUUUCAUCGUGUUUAUACGCUAAGUAAUCAAGCGAAUAUUGCUGUACUAUAUCGUCCGUCAAAAAUGUUAUUAUCGUCAACUUUUACAGUCGAUGUGACUGGCUCUGCACAUGUCAUCGUGGAAAUUGGAGAACAGCUUGCAUGGCUGGGCGCUGCACUUCAAUGGCCAGAUUCAGAUGGAAUAUCUUCUGUUAAAACUCAGAUCCAAUCGCAGGCGUCGCAUUCCAUAUGUAUUAGCUUCCAUGUUGAGACAGAAAGCGAAGCAUUGUCCACUGUCAAUGGGAACUGUUGGCACAAUCUGUUCAGAAGCCCAGUUGUGGUGGAAGGAUUCCCCAUACCGCGAAGACGACAGGUAUCAUCAACACGCGGCCUUGAAAUUCCGCUGAAUAUGAUGGCUGGCCUGGCUCGAGCUCGUCGUGUUAAUAAGUUCCGCUCCCGCACCGUACUCAAAGGGCACUUUGCAAUGCUCCUCCCAGUCGGCCAGAUAGGGGACAUAGUAAUGUGGCACCUAAUCCAUGACAAAAAGGGUGGCCGCAUUUCAUACAACGAUAGUCUAGCCUUUGAUACAGUUGAUAUCGAUCUCGCCACGCUAGAAAAAGCCCGGCAUGUCCUUGGUUGGUGUUCGGAAAUGAAGUUUUAUGGAGGUGCUGCAGAUGCGCGGUAUGACAUAAGGGCGUCGAGGCUUCCAAGGGCUCAAAGCAGUGAUGGCAUCAUGGCCGAGAGUGCUUUGUGCCAUGGGCAGAGAAUCAGCGGUGGUCAUCCGUUUAGUAGAGGGCAUAGAGAUAUUCCAAUUCACAUCUCACAUGAUGGUUUCAUUCCUAGGCUGAAAUGGAUGUCUAAAAAGGCCUGGUUGGUUAACGGCACGGCUGCUUUACUACACCUCGUUCGUGCAUCUCUUGAACACGACAAGACAGAUCCUUUCCAUUCGGUAUUCCUUUUCGACACCUCAGAAAUGACCGAGGCUCUGAAGGCCCAUCAUCCUCACUCUGCAAUCCAUGUUCUCAUCGACCAAAGGAACUUGAGUCUGAAAGUCUAUCCAAACAAAGAGGGCUAUAUCACAUUCGAGCAUCGCGUUGAACAUUUCUAUGAUGUCCUGGAAAAGUUCAUAGACAGUCAGGUGCACGCGCUAGGCAAAUAUGGCAACCAAGAUAUAUCUAGGGCACAUUUAGUAGGCUGGGAUUUCAACGAUAUAAUCGCAAGUCGUGAUCCAAUUUAUCCUCGGUUGGCUACCCUUGAUCAUAUGGGCAAGUCCUGGGUCGACUUUUCUCAUUCUAUUCACGCAAUAGCGCUCUUCGGCCGUGGGUUUGGUGAAAUAAUUGAACCUGUGGGCGCUUUCUGUUCUUAUUGGGCCAAAUUGCCGAAAGACAGGUCAUACUUAGCAGCCUGCGUUUCUGACAUCAAGGAGAUUAUUGAAGCUUACGGCGAUCCUUCUUCGAUGCCCACACAGCUCACGCAUAAUAUCAUUUGGCAUCACAUAGAGCAACCUUUCAAAACAUGCAUGUGCCAUUCUUCGCACGAAGGGAUUCACUCUGAUGUCACGCAAGUUCUUCUUCCACCGACGAUAUCUCUCGAAGAACUCCAUCGCCCUUCGCGAAUUGUGAAUCUCGACAUUGCCGGAGCUGUGAUCUUUGGAUUCAACAAUGGUUUCAAGUGGUACUGGGGUGAUACGGGGGACCCAACCACGCAACAACAGAAACUAGAUGACGGGUCCAGGAGGAAAAGUUUCGCCAGUUCACCGUCCACCAACGAUAGUGGACUAGGCAAAAGCUUGUCAUCAUUCAGCUCGCAAGAUAAGGAUUCCAGCAUUAGUCUAAGUUCCCACCAAGACUCCGCCGACGAUUCGAUACCUUCUCGACCUAUCAAACGUCAAAAGGUUGUGGACCAUUCUCUAUCACGUACUCCGGCCUUUCCGGAUGAAGAUCUCUCUUUCGCCUGCAGGAGAUAUACGUGGCGAGAAGACAUGCAGCAAUUGCAAUCCUCAGCAUGA